GCGAAAAAGCUUCACCUUUUUGACCUUUUUACUCGUCUCGUCUCUUUGUACCAUAGCCGUCGCAAAAGCCCUAAUUCGAUCUUGAAUCCUGGAAAUCAAGGAUGGAACGACACAGCUAUAUGCCUCCGGAACCGUCACCACCUCCGAAACCCUAUAAAAUCCUCAACUCCCUACAACAAUCCCCUAGCAGGUGUUAUGAUGUGGAUCGCACCUCUGCGGAAUGCUCUGUGGAUAGUAUAAAAGCGCCGCUUUUCAAGAGUACUGUGAUUGCCAACAUUGAGCGGCAUUUGGAGAGUACUGUGAAUGCCAACAUCGAGAACCAAGAGAUCAUAUCAGGUCGACAGAUAGCCCUAAACGACGUCUACAUAUGCUACGGAGUAGGUGGAGGAGGGGAUAUUGUGAUUCGAAAUAGAAACAAUGUUUGGUUUCUUUGCUCAAAGGCCAUUCACAGAGAGUUACGGACAUGGCAUUCUUUUCCGAGAAAGUUCACCGGUUGGCUAGCACUUCUUCACAUGGAGAGGUCAUUGUAUGGGACAUCACUGAAGGGGGCUCUAGCUCGGGUUUUAAUGGCAUCAUCUCUAAGAAAGUCCUAAAUCUCUGUAUACUACUCCCACAUACGGAAAAUCGAAUCAAUCUUUCUGGAAAACGACGUAUUUGCUGGCACUGCAAUAAUAAGGACAUUUUGGUGGUUUUAGUUGAUUAUUAUAUCCUGCAAAUCGACAUUACCAAAUUUGGGGGAAAUGGAGCUGAGACACGUCUCGAAUGCAACCUCAGUGUGCCUAGCGACGUUGUUCAGAUUGUGGGUAGACACGAUGGACUAUAUACCGACUUGACUAUGUGUGAGUUAAGUACCAAUAAAGCCCUGAUGAUUUCUUCCAUUGUCAACGGAUAUAUUUCUAUAUGGAGAGAUGAUAUGUCAAAAAGGGUGCCAAAAGAAGUUUCUUCAUUCCUCGCUGAUGAGGGCGGUGUAUGGACUGUUUCCUUUGUGAAAUUUAAAGACCGACCAGCACACAGCGUAAUCCUCACCGGAGAUUCUCUGAAUCAUAAAAUUAAGGUCUUCAUCACAAAUAAUGCUACCGGCUGGCUCCUUCCUAACCUAGAGAACUGGUCGUGCGUCCAAACAGUUACCCUUAAUGAUCCAUAUGUUGAUCUUUUCUGUCUCGAUGCUGAAUCAGUGAGGCAAUACACAUUACUCAGAUAUAACAUUCCGCCAAGACAUGUGAUACUGGCCUCUGCAUCGGAUCCUGCAACAGAGCACAUGAAAUCUUCAAGGAAAGAUGUUCUCAAGUCCCGUGGAGAAGAGCAGCUCAAUGUAACAUUGACCCCUGCAACGGAUGCUAUUGGGGAUACUAUUCGUGAUGCUAUUUGGCAUGGUUUUCGGGAUGCCGUGGAGUUUAAAAUAAUACAAAGUUUUGAGAAGAUAUGGCAAUCCAUCUUCAAGCAAUUGCAUUCCAUGCUUUCCAAGGGGAUUGCAAAGCAUAUGGAAGCUUUAAGGAAAGAUCUGCAUCCCAAAUCAGGAAAGGGGGAACAAAAGGCAGUUCAAGACCAUAACGCCAUCCUGAACCAGAAUGAGGAUCCCUCUAAAGACUCCUCUGAUUCUAAUGAAGAGACAAUGAACGAGCUGAUGCGAAUCCACAAGAGAUUUAAAGAUCAUAUUGAGAAUGGACCCAAGGACGAUACUGCUGAGCUGAUCACUAUGGAGAAGACAGUGAGAUCUCUAUGUCAUGAUUUUUUGGAUUUUUGUUUAGAUUAGAGAAAUAAUUAGACUCUAUAUAAGACGCUUGAUUAGUCCGUUUAAAUCUUUGUGAUAUUUUCAGUUUCUUUAAGGUUAAUU